GGUAGUUCUUUUCUCCUUUGGAUCUACCCAGCUUUCCUCACUGAGACAAUUGCCCACUGUUGGGCAGGUUAUGCGCAGAAACAGUGCAUCCUCCUUUUGCAAGUUCUUCAGUGAUUUCCAAUCUGGUGAUUUGAAGGCCAUUCCGUGAAUUUCUUAUUUAAGCCAUCUCUUCCCAGGGCAGCUGGCAAACCUGAGUCGUCUGUGCCUGCUCCCUGAGACCGCUCCAUCAUGCAGUGGCUGAUGAGGUUCCGGGCCCUCUGGGGCACCUAUAAACCCUGCCAUGGCUUCCGCCCCGCCCCUCAGUACCUGCGCUACCAGUCUUUUUCAGAAGUUGGAGUCCUGAGAUCGAGUGACCACGAUGUCCCCAAGGAAUUUAACUUUGCAAGGGAUGUGGUAGACUACUGGACCCAAAUAGAGAAGAUGGGCAGGAGGGGGUCAAACCCAGCCCUGUGGUGGGUGAAUGACCAAGGAGAAGAGGUGAAGUGGACUUUCGGGGAUGUAACAGACCUGACCUGCCGCACAGCCAACGUCCUCACACACGCCUGUGACCUGCAGCAGGGAGAUCGGCUGAUUCUGAUUCUGCCUCGAAUCCCUGAGUGGUGGCUGGUGAGCCUGGGCUGCAUACGAGCAGGGAUUAUCUUUGUGCCAGGGACUACCCAGAUGAAGGUCAAAGAUUUUGUCUACCGACAAAAUCUAUCGAAAGCCAAGGGCGUCAUAACCACAGACACCCUGGCCCCAGAGGUGGACUCGAUGGCUUCUGAGUGUCCAGCUCUGAAAACCAAGAUCCUGGUGUCUGACCACAGCCGUAAAGGAUGGCUGGACUUCCGCUCCCUGAUUAAAGCAGCGUCGCCUGAUCACACCUGUGUCAAGUCAAAGACCAAUGACCCAAUGGUCAUCUUCUUCACCAGCGGGACCACAGGCUUACCCAAGAUGGCAAAACACAGCCAUGAACUUGCCUUACGCAGCUCUUUGCCUUCGUGCAGUCGCGUGAUGCAAAUGAAGACAAAUGAUAUCUUCUGGUGCCUGUCAGACCCAGGCUGGGUUACAGCCCUCGUGUGCUCCAUGUUUCAUCCCUGGACGGUGGGGUCCACGGUCUUCUCCCACGACCUGACCCAGUUUGACCCGAAGCUCAUUGUGCAGAUAAUGUUCGAAUACCCAGUGACCCAGUGCUUUGCUGUACCCACUGUGUUCCGGAUGCUUCUGCAGCAGGACUCCGCCAGUCUCAGAUUCCCCAACCUGGAGUGCUGCUGGACGGGCGGGGAGGCUCUGCUGCUCGAGGACCAACAGAAGUGGACACAGAGGACAGGGGUGCCGCUCAUUGAGUUGUACGGACAGACAGAGACGGGAAUGGCCACUGGCACCUCCAAGGGAAUGAAAAUCAAGCCUGGUUCCUUGGGGAAAGCCAUCCCACCCUUCGACAUCAAGGUCAUUGACGAAAAGGGCCAUGUCCUGCCGCCCAACACAGAAGGCAGCAUUGGCAUCAGGAUCAAGCCCACCAGGCCCACAGGCCUGUUCAUGUGCUACGAGGAUGACCCAGUGAAGACAGCCAAAAUGGAGUGUGGGGACUUCUACAACACUGGGGACAAGGGAAUCAUUGACGAAGAGGGCUACAUCUGGUUACUGGGAAGGGAUGAUGAUGUCAUCAACGCCUCUGGGUACCGGAUCGGACCCACAGAGGUGGAGAACGCCUUGGCACAGCACCCGGCGGUGGCUGAGUCUGCUGUGGUCAGCAGCCCGGACCCGGUCCGGGGGCAGGUGGUGAAGGCUUUCAUUGUCCUGACUCCCCAGUUCCUGUCCCAGGAUCUGGAGCAGCUCGCCAAGGAGCUGCAGCAGUAUGUGAAGUCAGUGACGGCCCCGUACAAGUACCCAAGGAAGGUGGAGUUUGUCCUGGAGCUGCCCAAGACCGUCACUGGCAAGAUUAAAAGACAUGAGCUUCGGGAAAAGGAGUUUGGUGAGGUGUAACUGGCAAUCAUCUCAAAAUGAACCCGCUUCUGAGUGUGACGGCGGGUAAAUUCCUGGCUGCCUCAGUUUCUCCACUCUGGUGAGGGUAUGGAGAGUUGAUUCGGAAGGGUCCAGCACUAUCAGCAUUCUAGCCUCUUUGUUCUUUUAAAUUAAUACCAAUCACUAUCCUACCUCUGUCUCUUGCCACUUGGAUUGCCCAGAUGAGGGCUCUGAUUGGGGCUGGAGGUAAUAAAAGACUGACGCAAUUAUCACUGGUGA